UUCUACUCGAACACCUGACUGUUUAUUUUAAUAUUGUUUACAUUUUCGAAUGUGAAUUAUAGCUGCCGUAGGCAACGAAAUUAUAAAAUGUUUGUAAGUCACAAAAUAUUGAAAGUGUCGAAAUGUGGUUUGGUAUAUCAUAAGCAUUUAUCAAAGUCAUUCUUACCCACAGUUAAUGCUACAGUUAUCGGGUCAUGCCCUGACAAGCAGUCGGAUGUGUACCAGGACAACUACAAGAACAUGAAGCAGCUGGUGGAUGAACUGAAGGACUACAUACAGCAGAGUCUGAACGGCGGAGGAGAGAGAGCAACAGCCCGGCAUGUGUCAAAGGGCAAGAUGCUGGCCAGAGACCGGCUGGACCAGCUCCUGGACCCGGGCUCUCCUUUCCUGGAGCUGUCCCAGCUGGCUGGCCUCGGCCUGUACCAGGAGGAGGUGCCAGGAGGCGGCCUGGUGACUGGUGUUGGCCGCAUAGCAGGGAUGGAGUGCUUGGUGGUUGCGAAUGACGCCACUGUGAAAGGAGGGACGUACUACCCAAUCACAGUGAAGAAGCACUUGCGAGCGCAAGAGAUAGCUUGGCAAAACCGACUUCCGUGCAUAUACCUGGUGGACUCCGGGGGAGCCAACCUGCCACACCAGGCCGAUGUCUUCCCAGACAGAGACCACUUUGGACGGAUAUUCUACAACCAAGCCAACAUGUCAGCCUCUGGGAUUGCUCAGGUGGCGGUGGUGCUGGGCAGCUGCACGGCGGGGGGGGCCUACGUGCCGGCCAUGGCGGACGAGAGCGUGAUCGUGCGCAGGCAGGGCAGCAUCUUCCUGGCUGGUCCCCCGCUCGUCAGAGCAGCCACCGGCGAGGAGGUGUCCGCUGAGGACCUGGGCGGGGCGGACCUCCACUGCAGCACGUCGGGAGUGUGCGACUACUACGCACUGGAUGACCGUCAUGCCCUGCACCUGGCGCGCAGUAUCGUGAGCAACUUGAACAGGCAGAAGCCCGCGACGGUGGCCCGGGCGGGCGCUGCGGCCCCCCCUGUCCACCCGCCGGACGAGCUGUACGGCCUCAUGGGAGGCAGUCUGAAGAAGAGCUUCGAUGUCAGGGAAGUGAUUGCUCGUAUAGUGGACGGGUCCCAGUUUGAAGAGUUUAAGGCCAAGUACGGGGAGACAUUGGUGACGGGAUUUGCACAUCUUUAUGGCUACCCAGUUGGUAUCAUUGGGAACAACGGUGUGCUGUUUUCUGAGUCUGCUUUGAAGGGUACACACUUUAUUGAACUUUGUUGCCAAAGAAAAAUUCCUCUUAUUUUCCUCCAAAAUAUUACAGGGUUCAUGGUCGGCCGGGACGCGGAGGCCGGAGGCAUAGCCAAGCACGGAGCCAAGAUGGUCACUGCCGUGGCGUGUGCCAACGUGCCCAAACUGACCCUCAUCAUCGGAGGAUCGUACGGAGCCGGCAACUACGGCAUGUGCGGACGAGCGUACAGCCCGAGGUUCCUGUACGUGUGGCCCAACGCGCGCAUCUCGGUGAUGGGCGGGGAGCAGGCGGCCGGCGUCCUGGCCCAGCUGUCCAGGCAGCAGCGAGCGGCGCGCGGGGAGGAGUGGAGCAGAGACGAGGAGGAUGCAUUCAAGUUGCCGAUAAUCCAGAAGUUCGAGACUGAAGGAAGUCCAUACUACUCCAGUGGCAGGCUGUGGGACGACGGGGUGAUCGAUCCGGCCGACAGUCGCGCUGUGCUGGGGCUGAGUCUCGCUGCCGCACUCAACGCUCCUGUGCCCGACUGCAAGUUCGGUGUGUUCAGGAUGUGAAUACUCUGCCUCCGAGCCUCUCCACGUCCGUCUGAAGUAGCGUGUGUGACAGAGACCAAUAUUCUUCAGUCAUUUUUGAAAAAUUCUUGAGAAAAAAAUUAAUUCAUUUAGUUAGAAAAAAAUUAUUGCAUACAAAACAGUGGAUUGCGUGGAAAUAUAUAACAUAAAUUUUUAUUUCAAACAAAAUUAUUUCCACUUAUAUUCUAUUUACAAAAAUAUCUUUACAGAAGCUAAUUUAAAUACUUAUAAAUAUUAGCAUGUGGAUAUCUACCGUAUUUACUCGAAUAUAGGUCGCGGCAAUUUUACCAGAUUUAAUGGGGAAAAAAUGAAGUGCGAUCUAUAUGUGAAGAAAAUUUUUUUUUAAUUUUUGAGGAAUUUUUGUUGCAAUAUUUUGCUUUAAAAUGCGAAAAAGAAGUUUAUAUAGGUAUAGGCAAAUUUAUUUACAGUGUACACAUGCAGCGAAACCCUUUAUUUACGUUACCGUUAUUUACGUUUUCCCGUUAUUUGCACUAUAUUCUUCAGGUCCCGUUUAGUUCCUAUUUAGUCUAAUACAAUACUUUCACGCAAAUUACGACUCAAAAAUUGAAUCCAUCCCGCUAUUUAGGUCACGUAACAACCAUAAACAACCAGAUAAUACCUUGGUUUCUUUAAGAGUAGAUAAGAUUAACUAGUAGGCCUAAAAACAUUGUGAAAAACGUAACGUUUAUAGUCGGCAAUUAACAUUUUAAAUAGCAAAAUAUACAUAUUUUAUAACAUGAAAAGUUGCUUUUAUUUCUAAACAAGUAAUAAUUUAAGCGUAGACGUGUAAAAGUCGAGUAAUUAUAGCAGGAGACAAUCUAAAAUGCACGAGGAAAAAACAUAAACUCACGAAUGUAUGAACGUGGCUGAUUGUUAUUUUUUGAUCCUGUAUUUAUGUCACAACUUAGCCGAAAUACUGGUACGAGACAAACUUCACAAGAUAAAAUGAGCGGAGCCUUGGUAACUGUUUUAUACGUAUUUUAUAAUUUCGGAAGUAUUGUACAGUUGACGCAUAUUUUUUAAACUAACAAUUUAUUUAUGGGGAUCGUAAUUAAUUAAUUAUUGGUAUCAAGUCAUCAAGUUGGACGUAAACUUGAACAUGUCACGGCAGCGAGAAAACUGGUGCGUAUACCAAUAAACUGGUAUUAGAACUGGAUAAAAUUGGUACACGGGAGGUGGAGCUUAUAUUUUUUUCCGCUAAGCUCGCAUCUGUUGGCUGGCUGCUGAUGCAAGGUCACGAGUCUUGGCGGAGCGUUGAGUGAGUUAUACUGCGCAUGCGCAGCUCAGUGAACAAAGAGAGCCAGCAGGUGCGCCGUAACAGCAGCUGAUCGAGUACAAUGACCUUUCUCCGCGCACGGCGCGGUAAUGAAUUACCGGUGCGACCUAUAUGGGGGGAAUCUUAAAUACCAAAUUCAAGACCUCAAAUUAUGGGUGCGACCUAUCUGCGAUGGCGACCUAUAUGCGAGUAAAUACGGUACAUAAAUGAAUUAGGGGAGGGUCUUACUAAAACUACCACCGCCAAAUUCCUUUCCCUCUACACCUCUCCACACUCCACCACGUUUGAAUGAACCUAACCGGUGGGUGGCCUCAGUGUAGUGCGCGGUUUUACAUAUGUGCAUAAAUACAUUCAAUACUACAUAUAUAGGAAAUAAGUUUAUUUUGUUCACUAAGUAGGUUUUCAGUAUAGGUUAGAGUAAGAUCGCAUGACAAUUGUUUUUAGCAAAAUUUUUAAUAUUUGUGACAAAUUAAAUCUCUCAAAAAUAAAUUUAAUAUACUUAAAAUAGUGGUUCUUCCAAUUUCCCCCCCCCCCCCCCCCUUCUUAAACCCAGCCGCCAUCCCAACAACCCACCUACUCACACACCUAACAUCCCACCCACCAACCACCACCAACAACCAAUCCACCACCAACCCCAACAACAAACAAACAACCACCAACCACAACAACAAACAAUCCACCACCAACCCCAACAACAAACAAACAACCACCAACCACAACAACAAACUACCAACUACUAACCACAACAACAAACUACCAAUUACUAACCACAACAUUUGUUGGUUUAGAUGAUUAGGUGAAAAAUAUUGAAUUAACUAUUUUUUUUUUGUAUUGUAUUGUCACUGUAGCUUCCUCUUUUGAUAUCCUUUCUGUGAUAUAAUUAUCUGUUCUUUUAAAAUCACUAUGUAUAUAAUCACAUGCUUUAUGUUCAUUUGUAAUCUGUUUAAAAAAUAAAUAAAGCUUACAAUUAUUUUUAAAAUAACUACAAAA